CUCGUAAACAACAUGGCGUCUUAGGUGGAGGAAAAAAGGGUAAAGCACACGUAAAUGCUCACUGUCACACUGUAUUCUAUAAUAAUAAAUUAUGGAAAUGUAUUAGAUAUAACAAAAGUUAAAUUAUAAAUGAAUUUUAUGCGUUAAUUUUUUUCUCAACUGGAAAAGCAACUCAUAAUUCUUCAAUCAUAAUUUGAGACGAGUACUUAGAACUAAAUAAUACUUACACACUCUGGAUUACUCAGGGGCAGUCUUUGAGUCACUGUCCACACUGAUGGUGAAUUCAUCAUACAAACCAUGUCAUGCCAUAAAGUGUCCUAACUAAGUGACUAACAGUAGUGUCUUUACAAUUAGUAAUUAAUUAUUAGAAUUUAAUUAGAGCAUUUAAAUGAUAAUGUUUAAUAAUUCAUUAAAAAAUUUGGCUAAAAAAGUACUAUGUAUUAGGUACUUCAGUAAACAAAUAUAUAACUAUUAAAAUAUUACAGUUCUAUAGAGCAAACUUCCUAUAAAAAAUGAAACCAUAGUCAACUUUCUAGCUUUAGUACUUUUUGAUCUAUGAAUUUUAAAGUGUGAGUUUGUUUGGUAUUUUGGCUAAUUUGGAGAGACAGUACCCUGACAUCAUUUGCGUGUUUUGUCCCUGGUUCCGAUGGGGUCAAAACCCUGGUUCCGAUAGGGUCAAAACCUAGGUUAGGGAUAAGUUUAGGGUUCAGGUUAGGCUUAGGGAUAGUAUUAGGGUUCAGGUUAGGUUUAGGGAUACAUUUAGGACAUAAGUUCGUGGGUCAUGACAACCAAUGUGGCGGCCACGGUGCUAUAUCUCCAAAUUUACCGGCCUUUUUACUAUGGGCACCACCUCCACAUUUUUUAGGUAUGUCAGUAAAAACUUGUGAUUCUCCUUCACAGAUGCCCAUUUCCCAUACAGUUUUUAGUAGUCUCCCUUUCUUUACCGAAGUACAUAAAUUUUGUAACCCAGUUCCCCUGAUCGUGGCACACGCUAUAACUCUACUUUUAAUGUAAAUGAUAAUUUUAUAUAACUUUUAUUUUCAGAUUUAAUGAUAGGUAUUAAAAGUAAUAAUAUUAACGUUAAAUUUCAACACUUUCAUGCAAUUGUAAAUACUUUAAACUUAUCUAGCUAUGUAAUAUUGUUAUUAAAUUUAAUAAAUACGUUAUGGAUGUUCUGUUGACUAAGUCUAAGGUGUCCAUUAUAUUAUAUAUAGACAUAGACUAUGUAAAAAUAAUACUGGUUUGGGAGUACUUAUUUUGAAUUUACAACUUUUACACUUGACUAAUUAAUUAAAGCUUUCCAUGACCAAUGAUUUAAUAGUGUUUGCACACUGCAAUUUUUAUGAAUGAAACUAUGAUAAUAAUACUAUAGUCUAGAAUUGUUCAGUACAUGCUAAUUACUAAGAAUGGCUGCCCAUGACAAUGUUUUGCAGACUGCAAUUUAUGAUAAUUUAUAAUAAAUGAUAUGGACUCUAAUUUUAAACCUCGAGUUAAAAUAUUCUUGUUUGAAUGCUUUCUAAGUUCACUCUAAAAUACAAUUUAUCAAAUAUUUUGAUGUGAAUAGUGGUAAUAAUUGAAUAUUUCAUUAGUAUCGGCAUAUUCCGCUAGGGGGUGCAAGGUGACCUUAUGGUAAUGCCGGUUUCUUAGAUGAGCAUAACUAAUGGCCGACCAAUGAGAAUUGGCACACAUAUACUUUAAUAUAUGAUGCAGAUGAAGAAUUAAUAUGAAAGACAUAUAUUUUAAACUUUUUAUGAAAUUUUUUAGUGAAAGAUGCCUUACCUAUGAAUUUCUAUUAUGAGGGUCGAUUGAAAAGGCAAAAAAUUAAGAUGGAAAUGUAGGUCAACAAUUCCACAAUGGUAAACGUGUUGAUGAUUACCUCACUUUUAUUAUAAGAAACCAGUCCUUUAAUCAGUGAAAAAGUACCAACAUCCAAAAGUUAAAAACUCGGAUUCUGCUGCGCCAAUUCUCAUUUCCCAUAAAAAUAUUUGAAGUGGUUUCCCUUGCCUUACUAAAGUGCCCAAGUCUAGAAAGUUGAUUCAGGUUUCAUUUUUUAAAUUUGAAUUCUGCUCUAUACAACCAUUAUUUUUAAUAAUAUUUUAGGAAUCGUUUUACUUAAGUAACUAGGCCUUCACUAUGCCUAGCUAGGCAUGACAGUUGAGCAGAUCUCACACUCACUCAUUUUCAUGCAUCUAUCAAUAAAAUGAUCUAUUAUAUUGAAAGAUACACUUAAUUGUGCGAGUUCAUUUGUAAUUUAUUCACCUCCACACUUUGUGACCCCAUUCCACUUAACACUUGUUUUAAAGAUAAUUUGAUAUACAAAUUUUAUUUUCAGGAUUAAAGCUAUUUUAAAAAGUAAUAAUAUUAUGCCAUUAUGAUAACUUUGUAACAUAUCUUGCUAUAUACUAUGCAUUCAGUAAAUUAAAUAUAUACAAUAUGGCUGUUCUGUUUUCUAAGUCUAAGGCAUCCAUUAUAUAAAAAUGGCUACAAUAUGGCAAAAUUUCCAACUGAAAAAAAGUAAUCCUGUUUAGGGACUACUUAUUUUGAACUUUCAACUUUUGCACAUACCUUUUCCUGACCAAAGGUUUAAUAGUUUUUGCACACAUCAAUCUCUUAUGUGAAUGAAAAUCUGAGAAUAUAUAGUAUAGUCAUACGUAGACCAAUGUUCCCUUUAAGCUGCGCGGCCGUGCAGCAAUCUCACAGACACCGCUUUGAGUACGUGCAGCUAAUUUCCACUUAAUUGUCUGUGGGCUGAAAAUUUUGCGCACAAAAAAAUUGAUGCUGUAAAAAUUUGCACAAAACUUUAUGAUUUUGCACACGAACCAACAAACCUUCGAGGGAACAUUGAUGUAGACUGAAUGGUCGCCAAUGACAAUGGCACUGCACACCACCACAGUAAAUUAUAAUAAUUAAUAAUAUUGAAUCUACUAAAAUUUUGAUAUUGUUUUUAUUCAUUUGAGUCCUUAACAGAAAAUUAGACUGAAUAAGAAGGCUACAAUGACACAAUUUAAACUUUACACUUAAGUCAUACUCUGUUGAUAUUCAUUUGAAUUUAAAAGAUGUGCCAAUAGGUCACAGUAAUUCACCUGUGGAAAAGUUUUAAAUAUGUUUUGGAAUUCUUUGGAUUAAAGUGUUGUGUUAGCAGUUCAGUAGCUACUUUCAAUGAGGACACCUUUGGAAAUGAAUGUGUUAGACAUUAGUAGUAGAAGUCUAAUUGCUAAAUAUUUUGUGAAAUAUUUAAUUGUGAUGACUGAUUUCACAUUGUGGAGAGUCCAGACCUGGGAAGCAUAGGGGUGGAGGGAAUUCCCACUGAACGAAGGCUGACCACCUGUCGUGGGGUCUCAGUUUGCACAAGGAUGGCCCGUGACGGUGACAGUACUUAUAAAUCAACACAUUGGAAUGCAAGGGCUCAAAUGACUGCAAACAAUAUCAAAAUUUUGCUUGAACUCAAUGAACCAAAAAUAAGGAUAAAUUUAUGGAGGUUAAAUUUUAAAAUUUUCGAGAGUGGGACUUAUUCCUUGAUUUUAUGGAUGUGAGAAUCACUGAUAAUGUCAUUGUUUUUUCUCUUUUAUAAAUAUAAAUAAUUACUCGCUUUUUUAAAGUAUAAAGUUGCAACACCAAAUCAAAUUUGAGCUUUGUAUCUUUAACAUUUAAUAAAUUAUGAUUAUUGUUUCACUCAAAAAAGCACAAUAAUUUUUUACUUGAGUGAAUGAUGAGCUGAAAUACUGAAAUGAACACUCAACGAAAGAUGUGUUCAUCAAUAUUGUAUCUAAAUGGGUUGGUCUAGACUCUUGUUAAUCCUCAUUUUUGGUCUGUCCGAUUUAUUCUCUGGGGGCAUCCAUAAAUGAUGACAUGCAGUUUGUGAUCAUGUAUUAUGAGGGUGUCUAAAAUUUUGUGAAGUCACUUGUGGAUUGCCCCUCUGACAAAGAUUUGCUAAUAAUUAUCAGCACCCUAUGAAUAUCUUACCAAUCCUGUGGUCAGUAAUAGGCAAAGUUUUCAGCCACAUAUGUCAAAUUGAUAUAUAACUGGCUUCUACUGAUCUAGGUACUCUACAGGCCUGCCUGCAAACUGUGUCACCUAUUCAACAAUAAAAGCAACAGGAAAUUACCUAUCAUCUUUUAUUUCUUCAUGCUGCUAGUAUUACUGGUAAAAUAAUUGAUCCAGUCACUAACACUAGAAGUCUUCAUGAAGGAGGCCAUUAUCUUUUGGCUGCCCAUAGAGCUUCUUUGGUGAUCAAAUCAAAAUUCUCUUUCUGGGUGUUCAAAAUAAGGCAUUUCAAAUAUUCUCUUAUUAUCCCUUUCUUAUAUAGUGUAAUACCAGUGCUCAGCUUAAAAAAUCCCUUAUCUUGGUCUUAUAAUUUAUUUGGAUCCACAGAUUUAUGUAUCGAUGACCUACAUACCACUGAAGGGGUCACAGUGCUCUAAAGUGAGCUUCUGGCUUUCAGCUCUGGUAUUGUCCUCGAUCGCAUCCCAUGCCCUGUUUGAUGACAUCAGCAAAUCUCAUUCAUGCUUUAAUGCUGAAGCGAGCAUGGCGAAAGCAAGUUCAGUAGAUGCUAGCUGUCUCAUAGAUGCUAGUCCCGCCAUUGAAGAUGCACAUCCUGGCACCGCUGCAGAACCCGGCGUCUGGUCAGGGCAGCAUAUCCGUAGUCCAUUAGCUAGAGCCGUGUACAAUAAACUUAAGGAAGAUGAAAGAAAUAAGAAUGACAGGCAUGUGUAUGUAAGUACCUGUUGCUGUAUCCAAACUUACAUAUCCCACAUAUGACAUCAUCGUUUGAUAUUAAUAACCUGCUUUUUACUGGCUUUUUUUCAGUUAUUAAAUUAAGUGUUAAAUAUAGACUAUUGUUCCCAUUAUAGACCAAUUAUAGAUCGCCCCUGAUUGUAAUCUUAAAAUUCAUUGCUUUCUCUUAAUGAUUUGCAACAUCCCGGUUGUAGACAGUAUCCCCUAUACAGUGAUGCCUACACUACAAAUAAAGUAAUUUAUUAUAUUUUGCAAUCAAAAUAAAGUAAUAAAAUUUUCAUGAAAUAGUCAGUAGCUUUUGAUGCUAAAAGUAAAUCAACUUAAGGACACACAUACAUAAAUCUGGAAAGCUGCGGUUUGAAAGGGAUUACAAAUAAGAUACUGGUGGACCAAAGUAUGUGGAAGCUUGAAAUAGAAAGACAGGACAGUGAGAGACAAGAAAUAGCUUCCUCAACUCUCCUCUUCUGUUCAACCUGCCUGGACUUCCCAGCAGCUAAAAUGGCUUGAUGUUUCUUGCAGAUCUGCAGAUAUUGGCUUUUCUUUUUAUUUAGACAAAUAUAUUUUCUUUUAAAAAUUGUUACUUAUUUUGCUAGUUUCCUAUAUUUUAUAACUAUGAUGCUGAACCAUUUGAUCCCCAGUGGUAUUUUAUAACAAACCAGUUUCCUCUAUUCAUAACUAUAAUGCUGAACCAUUUGAUCCCCAGUGGUAUCGUGUUAUAACAAAUCGUCUGUCAGAGGACCUGCAGGCCAAAUUCAUUCAAUUUGACCAGGAUGAAGGAGCUGACCAGUUCCUGGACAACUGCCUGGACAAGUCCAACCAAGUGCUCACGCAGGUGUUCUACUCCCUGGCCAGGCCAAUACUCAACUUCUUUAUGACACAGACUUCCAUCAAUGGGUACUUUAGUUUAAACAGUAUCAUCUCUCUUUAUAACACAGACUUUUAUCUAUUGGUACUCUGAAUCUCUGACAACAAUGGAUAAAAUCAAUUUUUGCCCAUCACAUAUAUUUUAUACUAUUAAAAUAAACUAUAAAUUCAUUUGAAUGAUUUAAUCAAGAAAGAAUAUUUUUGGACUCAAGUCAUCAGUUUUAUAUUUGUUUUGUUUCAUAUUAGUUUUUAAUAUUUUUAACUUCAAACCAUUCAAAGAUAAUUACCAUUGAACAUUUUCCUCUAAAACUAACAACAGAUUCCUACACAGAGGCUCCAUGUUCAUUUUCUCCAAGCCACAGUUUGAGAAGCUUUUGAACAUUUCCCCAUAUUAUAAGGGAGAAUCUCUAUUAGAUUUAGGUAAGAUGUUUGGAGGUUAUAGAACUAAUAAAUUUGGCACACUGGUUGAAGAGUAUGGAAGUUAAAACCACUUCUGAUUGGUUAGGUUUUUCCCCCCAUAUAUUGAUGACACUUUAGUUUUGUAAACCAUGUGAGAUAACUAGGCGGACAUUGUGUGUUAAUUUUUUAUGGUUUUGGUUUUCAUGUAGUUUAACAUUGGUUGUAAAGCAGAUGUGGUUUGACAUUGUUUGUAAAGCAGAUGUGGUGUAACAUUGGUUGUAAAGCAGAUGUAGUUUAACAUUGUUUGUAAAGUACAAUGGCCAUAACUGAAUGGAAUAUUUCAUUGACACAGGUGCAGGAGAUGGGAUGGUCACCAAGCACAUGUCCAGUUACUUCCACACAACAUAUGCCACCGAGAUGUCAGGGGUAAUGGUCAGGCGUCUGCAAGCCGAAGGAUUCAAGUCAGUUUUUUUAAUUUUUUAAAUUAGAUCCCUUUAUAAACAUAACUAAACAUUCUUAUUUAGUGUUUUUUAUAAAAUGUAUGUAGUGUUUCAAGAUUUGUUCAAACAUUUUUAUUUUUAUUUUUUUUACAAUUAAGUCAUGUAGAGAUUUUGUUCAACAUGUUUAGAUUUUUUUUCACAGCUAGUUGUAAAUAAUUCAGACAUACUCAGGACUGGUUCAACAUAUGUGGUUUUAUUUCACAAUUAAGUGUUUUUUUUUCAAACAUACAGGUAAUCCAUUUUUUGGGGUCAUUUUACCAUUUCACUUAUUUUGAAACUGAUUAAAAUUUAUCUUUGUACAUUCUUCCCCAGGGUGCUCGGUGUAGAUGAAUGGUCAUCUACUGGACUCAAAUUUGACCUCAUCUCAUGCCUGAACCUACUUGACCGCUGUGAUAAACCAGUCACUUUGUUGGCAGAGAUCAAAAAGUCUCUGAAACCUGGCACAGGAAGACUUCUGGUGGCUGUGGUCAUUCCUUUCAAGCCCUAUGUGGAAUUUGGUAUGUUCAAUGGCACUUUGUUUUUUUUUUUUCAGUACAAAUCUCAAACUCUAAACUAUGCAAUGUAAAACCUACCUCAUAGACACACCCACCCAAUGAACACAACCGACCAAUGAACACACCCACCCAAUGGACACAACCAACCACUGGACACAACCAACCAAUGAAUACAACCAACCAAUGGAUACACCCACUCAAUGGACACAACCAACCAAUGGACACACCCACUCAAUGAACACAACCAACCAAUGGACACAACCAACCAAUGGACACAACCACCCUAUGGACACACCCACUCAAUGGAGACAUCCACCCAAUGGAAACAUCCACCCAAUGGAAAAACCCACUCAAUGGACACAACCAACCAAUGGACACACCCACUCAAUGAACACAACCAACCAAUGGACACAACCAACCAAUGGAAACACCCACUCAAUGGACACAUCCACUCAAUGGACACAACCAACCAAUGGACACAACCAACCAAUGGACACACCCACUCAAUGAACACAACCAACCAAUGGACACAACCAACCAAUGGACACAACCACUCAAUGGACACAACCAACCAAUUGACACAACCACCCAAUGGACACACCCACACAUUGGACACACACACAAUGGACACACCCACCCAUUGGACUCACCCAUCCAAUAUAUAUGAUAUAAAUAUCAUAGCAUAUAUUUAACACGUUUAUUUGUCAUUGUAUAAAUCUCUUUUAGAAUGUGUAAAUAAGUGUAAAUAUGUAAAUAUAUUUUGUUGUUGUUGGUAUAAAUAAAUAAAAAUAUUAAAAGAAAAUAAAACAAUUAUUAGUUCCUGGAAGUGGAAGCAAAGGCCAUGGCUGGCAGCCACUCAGGCUACAGGAUAAACACUGACACCACCAAUGUAUGGCGGGCCAUGCGAUUGACAUUUUGAGUUUUGCAAUCUCAUUCGGCCUGUGCUGUUUCCCUGGUAGCAAUAAAUAAUUCUGCUGUGCUAUAUAAUAGCUACUUUUAAGUUUCAUUUUAUAGUUGCACAACGGUUGGGCCUAGAAAUGACAGGAUUAAAUAAUGAGGGAAUAUUUUCACAGUUUUGAUGGAGAAAAAAAAAGCUAAAAUUUACAUUUCCUCCAACAGAUUCUAAGACCCACCAGCCGACAGAGUACAUUCAUGUCAAGGGAUCAAAUUUUGAGGAGCAAGUGCAGCACUUUGAUUCAAUCUUUAAACAAUCUGGGUUUGAAGUUGAGAAAUUCACACGCCUGCCUUACUUGUGCGAGGGUGACCUCCGACAUUCAUUUUACAUGCUGACGGAUGUCUUGUUUGUGCUGAAGCCGGUCGAAGAUGAUUCCUAGUCAACCGGCCUGGUGGCUUCAGCAUAUUUGAGAGUACAUUGUGAUUUCUUGACAAGGGUUGUAUAAAUAAUUAAAACUUUAUCAGUGGGAUGGGGAGAAACAAAAUGAGUUCAAGACGUCUUGUUGACAGAGUGUAUAUGAGCGCUUGAUGACGGGGGUUCGUACGUUUUGAAAGUUUGAGGACCACCUUUUCAUUAUGGCUCUCAUUUUCUUGAGACGGCCCUAACUUUGUGAAACCAUCAAUUGAGAGAAAUGAGCCAAUAAAGUAGUUUGGCAGGCCUCUCCUAGAAGCACACAUCAGAGUCACAAGCUAGAAGCACGUUGCUUGCCUAAACCUGAUGUUAAAGGUUAAAAAUGUUUGGCCAAAUCCGUUCAUUCUGGUUCUUUAUUCAGCUCAAAUUUAUUGUUGUUAGACUCUUAUUCAGUCCUUAGCAUAUUUUAUAUAUUUCUUCUUUCCCCCAGUUUAAAAAUCACAGCUUUAUACAAAAAGAAGCUACAUAUUGAGUACAUUUACUUGUAGUUGUACAGACAGAGAUGCAAAUAUCUCGUAUUGCAAUUAUUAUUUUUAGAAAUAGGUUAAGUUAAAAACAAUUUUUAGGUAUUGCUUUAUCUAGAAAACAUAUACUGCUUUAAUUAGAACAGUUUUUUUACAUCUUGCUUUUGUGUGUCUGAGCUGUUGGUUUUAUUUAGAAAAAAAAAAAGGCAGAAAGUCACUUGAUGCGUUUAGAAAUGUGAACUCUCCUGUACAAGAAAUUAGAUUUUAUGAAACAUCAUUUUUUAAAGAUUUGAAUUUUACGAUUUUAUUUCCUUUUUUUUUUUCAUCUGUUGAAUUUUAUAAAGUGCAGCUUCGUAAAGUCAUAUUAUUUGUUAUGAACCUCACUAAGUAUGUUAAAAGCCAUGAAUAGAGACAGGAUGUUCUGCCAAUGUUACUUCAUGGAUAUAGUAACCACACCAAGUCUGUUAAAAGUCUUUCUUACAGUAGAGACUGGAUGUUCUGCCAGUGCUACUUCAUGGAUAUAAUAACCAGACCAAGUCUGUUAAAAGCCUUUCUUACAGUAGAUACUGGAUGUUCUGCCAGUGCUACUUCAUGGAUAUAUGUUCUUUCAAUUUUUACUUAUACCUUAUUUUUGUUUUUACUACUGUUAUUAUCAUUAGCAGCAUCAUCACCUUACAAAGUGCACUCCCCUUUAUCACCAUGGCAAUCAGCUUGCAGGUUCUAAUAAUUUGGGUGAGUCUGGACAAAGUUUUAAAACUUUUUUAUCCCUAUUGUGUUUGAUUUUUUAAAUAUUUUCAAUGGACAUUUACUAGUUCAAUAUUUUCAAAUUUCACAUUUAUGAACGCUGAAAUUGAACUGUUCAUCCAUCCAGAUCAUCUCCAGCAAAAUGUAUUCAAUGCAAAUAAAAAUAAUUUAAAGAUUCAGUACUGAUAACUGGCGUUUUAAGUAUCCAUUGAGGCCAGACAUGGGAACAGAAAUAUAUAUUUUAGCAGUUAACCAUGAACUGUAAAUCUCUGUGAUUUUAUUGUUUAUGUUGGAUCUGAAGAGUGCUGUCAGUGGAGACAGUGUUUAGUUGCUUGGAUGUAAGCAAACUCCGCUCAACCUGUGCACGGCACAAUCUUUGGGUGCCUGGUCUUAAGUCUUACAAAAUCUAUUAUUAUUGUUAUUUCAUUGGUAAUCUGUCUAAUCUUAUCUGUUUCAUCUUGUCAAGUAAUCUAUCAACUGUGACCAAAUAUGCCAUUUCAUCUGUCAUCUAUCCUGUCAUAUGAUAUUCCAUCCAUCAUCACAUCUGUAAUAUAAUGACAUCAUCCCUAUAUAUCAUCCUUAUAAUAUAUUAUUUUAUCUUCCUAUUUGUCUUCUAGUAUGUCAACUUAUCACCUAACAUGUUAGAACACAAUUUAUCAUCUAACAGGUCAGAACACAAUUUAUCAUCCAACAUGUCAGCACACAAUUUAUCACCUAACAUGUUCUGACAUCUAACAGGCCAGAACACAAUUUAUCAUCUAACAUGUCAGAACACAAUAUAUCAUCUAUUUUGUCAAACACAAUUUAUCAUCUAACUGGUCAGAACACAAUUUAUCAUCUAACAUGUCAGAACACAAUUUAUCAUCCAACAUGUCCGCACACAAUUUAUCAUCUAACAUGUCAGAACAAAAUUUAUCAUCCAACAUGUCCGCACACAAUUUAUCAUCUAACAUGUCAGAACACAAUUUAUCAUCCAACAUGUCAGCACACAAUUUAUCAUCUAACAUGUCAGAACACAAUUUAUCAUCUAAAAUGUCAUUUCAUGAGUCAUCUAGUGUUUCUGGUAGUUGCUGGAUUGCUUGGCUCAUAAAUUAAGGGAUAAGCUGAAAGAGAGUGAUGUCAUCUGGCCUGAGGUAGCCAUUAUGAAGACAAUGUUACGUGUGGAGUUGGGUAGCAAAUGUGAAUAACAAUUUAUUGUAUGCUUAUGUUGCUACUGUCAAAUUUUUAAAUGUUAACAUGUAAAUGUCAUAGCUUUACUCUGUUAAAUGACCGGCAUGUCAUUUGGGAAUGGUAGUUUGGUUCAUAAUGGUUAAGGGACAUAAUUAUCAUAUCUAAUAGAAGUUAAUUAUUGCGGUUACUGUUCUUUGAUCACUGUUCACAUUUUAUUUCAUUCAUUGUUGCAACAAUGAUUGUUCUUGAUUGUACAACGUCUGGACAUGUGUCUGAUGGUGAAUGUAUUAAUGAAAGGAUGGAGAAUAUUUUUAUUUUAUUAACAAAUGUUGAAAAGAGCUUCCAAAUAUUGCAUUCACUCAAAGACUAUUUAAACAUUAAGUUUUAACAAUGGAUUUCAGUUCAUGCAAAAUUUUAAAAAAAAUGUUGGCCUGGGGGAUGUAACUUUAAUUUAUUAAUAAAUAUUUAUUGUACCAUUUAUUUAUUCAAAAGUUUCAUGACUUAGAUCAUAAAAUGCAAUCAUUUAUCAUGUUCUCAAAAAAAAAAGAUCCUUCUCAGCUCCAUGAUGUAAUGUUGCCCCUGAUGGCGUUUACCCACGAUGGAUGACUGCACAGAAGGCAGAUUAAUGCCACCAUUAGUGGAUUUGGUGUACUUACCAUGAAAAUAUGAUUGGAUUGGUUUCAUUUAAAUUAUCUGAUAAAAAAAUAUGUACUUUUUGUUCAAAUUUUUUCCUCCAUAUAUUCUUUAUAAUGACCAGCCCAGACCAGCUUUGUAUUCUAAUUCUAUGCAUGUACUAAGUUACUGGUACCCUAAUGAUCGUUUUGUAUUACUGAUAUCCUGUGAUUUUAAGAUUUAAAACCCACUUUGUUGUUAUGAUUUGUGGUGACUUGUAGUCUUUUUAGUUUUCUUUAAGCCAAUGAAUAAUAAGAGAAUUAAAAAGGGAUUGAUUUCUUU